UUUUUUAUUUGCUUUACUCCCCACUAUUGGAUUAAUAUUUCCAAUAUUAUUUGGAAUUGGUGGUGAAUAUGAAGGUAUAUUAGGUCUCUGCAAAGGUGAUCAUUUUGAUGGAGCUGAUAGUAAUAAAAAGCAUAAAAGUGGUGAUGAUGAUAUAGGUAAAUGUUUUAGAAAAUUGUUAUAUGAUAAUAAAGAAUUAAUAGAUAUCAUGAAAUACAUUAAUAUGUUAUUUUCCUUUAUUUUGGUAACUACUGUUUUAUUAGUUUUUGUUUAUAUCUUAUCCAAAGUGAUAAAAUAUGAAAGAAUAAAAUCUGGAAAAGGAAAAAUGAACCGAAAAGAAUAUAUUAAGUACUGUAAAGAAGUAUUUAAUUUAUAA